AUGUCCCUGUGUAUGCAGCUGGCGACCUCCAAAGUCCUUCCCCUCAGCCCCGGUGGCAGCAGGGGCUUCAAGCCCGCCUACACCUUCCUUCAGGGCAAGGUGCAGUUCACCACCACCUUUUCAAAAACUGUGGCCAAGUCACCCGUGUCUGGCAGCUUCGGCAUCAACGGCACUGACCUCUCCCUUUUUUCAGUCAAGAGCGCCACCUCGUGCAACCUCAACCUCAAGAAAGACAAGGCAUCUGGCGUCGCCAACUUCAACCUGCUGUGCAGAAACUGGCGCUUGCCGCCUGCGGUGGGGGGCCAGCCGGACCUCGUUUCCACGAUCGCCUUCAAGCAGGCUACCGGCAAGGGUGCUGUCUCCAUCCAGGCCACCGGCGCCCUGACCUCUGCCCGCAUCUUCUGA